UCCAGAGCCGACAAUGCACACUUUUCAGAGGCGACGCCAUUGGAGAUGUUUCCUAUAUGCUUCUGGAGAAGAAACGGUUAAACAUGUAUUAAUUUCGAAGAUAUAGGUAACUAAUGACAGAUGAUAUGGAGAGUGGACGUACGGAGAGCAGACAGGAGAGCGCCGCUAGUCUCCUAUAGGCUAUACUACUGUUAAAUGGCAUCAUCAAGGAGUUGCCACACUGGAGGAUUCUGGGAUUUGGAGUUGUUUAUGUUUGUUACAAUUAGCUGGUAGCCUUUCAUUAUCCUAUUUAGAUGUCUCCUGAUAAAUUGCAAGACAAUUGUUGGAAUGUUUACUAAUGUCUCUUUUCUGGAAGAAGUUCAAGAAGAAUAAUAAUUGAAUAGCCUUACAUAUUCAUAUCAAAUAUCCUAAAUGGCCUUUCCCUAUUUUUUACCUACUCCAAAUUGAAAUAUUUAAUAUCCCACACAUCAUGCAUGUACGUUGAGAUCCUUGUGUGUGGUGAAUAAGCUAUGGUGAAUCCGUGUGUUUUCUGCGAUGAUGUAUAUAGCCCUGUAUUCUGGAGGUACAGCAUCGUGGUUGGCCGGCAGUCAAAGGGAGUGACCAUCCCGGGAUUUCCAGUAGAAAAACGCAGAAACGUCAGAGCCACACACCAACACCGCAGCAAGACACGGAAUACCCCUGUUCUCUCUUCUUCUUCUCUCUCUUCUUCUCUCAGCAUAAGACAGUGCAGGGUCCAUAUUCUCCAAGACGCUGCACUAACGGAGAAUGUGGUUAUCACCCUGUUCUGGAAUCUCCGCUGCAUUUGAUAUUCUUAUCGUUCGGUUUUCCACCUUCUAAAACAAAAUAAUCAUCUUAUCUUUAGCCUAACUCUCAAUUAUGGACAAGCACCCAGGCUCCAACAUGAUCAACCCCACAUCCUACCAUGGGAAUCCCGCUGCACGGAGGUUGGACGGAGGAGGUGGCGGUCAGUGUCCGCACAGCCUGGGCUCCGAGGCAGACACCGCAGGCAGCCGUGGUGGGGUGUCCGGGGGCAGCGGGUCUACUCCGCAUCAAGCCCACAAGCGGCGCCUGGAGGGGGUCCUCAAUAAAUACACCAACCUUCUACAGGGAUGGCAAAACAGGUAUUUUGUGUUGGAUCCAGACAUGGGUCAGCUGCAGUACUUUGUGAACCAGCACAGUAAGAAUCAGAAGCCCCGGGGGUCCCUGCACCUCACAGGGGCCUCUGUGGCCCCCAGCGAUGAACUACCACACAUGUUCACUGUCCACUCUGCCACUGGAGAGGCCUACAAACUCAGAGCUUCGGACGCUGGGGAACAGCAGCUCUGGAUGAGUCAGCUGCAGCUCUGUGCCCGGCGUCACUCUGACUCCAGUGCCAAGGGCACCUCCUCCUUCACCGCCUCCUCCUCCACCCAGGGCCGGACACGCAGCUUCUCCCUGCUCCCUCCUCCAUCCAGCCAACACCACCCUGCCCCGCCCGCCUCUUCCUCCUUCACCUCCACCACCUCCUCCUCGCCUAGUACCCGGAGAAAGCCUCUCUACCCUGGGGUUGGAGGGGUCGUCACCAUCACCCAUCACAGAUCCCCUGCUGCGACCCGCCAGGCCAGGACCCAGAACAACUACCACCACCACCAGAACAACCAGAACUACCACCCUGCUCCAGGGAGGCUGAGCCAGGUCAAAGAGGCGAUGAGCCAGGCAGAGGGCCAACAGAAGAACCUGGUUAACUCUAUAGAGUCCCUGCCCCCCCGUGGUCCUCUCUCCUCUCUAGACCAGGACCUGCUCCUCCUCAAGGCCACGUCUGCAGCCACCCUCUCCUGCCUGGGGGAGUGUCUCAACAUGCUACAGCACAAUGUCAGCCAGGCCGCGCAGCACGUCACCCUGGGUCGGUCAGACAGCCAGGACCGGAGUCAGAGCCAGACUCCCAUCCACAAACAGACGUACAGCCAGAGCAACAGCAACAUCUCCAGUCACAACCACAACCACAACCAGUUCAAGAAGCAGAUGAGCCUGGAUCCCAACCAUGUUCCCACUGGACCAUCAGACAGCUUUGCAGGAUGGCCUAGACCUCCCUCAGAGAAGCUGGUGAACAACAGAGGAGUGACACCUCUUCUUCCACAUGUUCCCUCUCCAGUCCACGUCGACAAGGAGGUGGCCUUCAACUCUGAG